AUGCAACGAUGUAAGUUGAACCUUGCCUUCUUUCAUUCUUUCUUUCUUUCUUUCUUUCUUUCUCUCUUUCUUUCUUUCUUACCUUUCUCCCUUUUUUCUAUCUUUCUUUCUUUCUUUCUUUCUUUCUUUCUUACCGUUUCCUUCUUUUUUAUAGUUUUUACUUUCAGUCUUAUAGUUUCUCCCUUCUUUCUUUCUUUCUUUCUUUCUUACCGUUUCCUUUCUCACAUUUUUUUUUUUUCUUUCUUUCUUUCUUUCUUUCUUUCUUUCUUUCUUUCUUUCUUUCUUAUCCUUUCAUUCUUUGUUAUCGUUUUUCUUUUCAGUCUUAUAGUCUCUCCUUCUUUCUUUCUUUCUUUCUUUCUUUCUUUAUUUCUCAAAUCUUUCUUUCUUUCUUUCUUUCUUUCUUUCUUUCUUAUCUUUCUCACAUCUUUCUUUCUUUCUUUCUUUCUUUCUUUCUUUCUUAUCGUUUCUUUCUUUGUUAUAUUUCUCACAUCUUUCUUUCUUUCUUUCUUUCUUUCUUUCUUUCUUUCUUAUCGUUUCUUUCUUAAAUCUUUCUCCUUUUAUUCUUUUUCUUUCUUUCUUUCUUUCUUAUCUUUCUCACAUCUUUCUUUCUUUCUUUCUUUCUUUCUUUCUUAUCGUUUCUUUCUUUGUUAUAGUUUUUCCUUUUAUUCUUUUUCCUUUCUUUCUUUUUUAUUCUUUUCUUUCUUAUAUUUCUCACAUCUUUCUUUCUUUCUUUCUUUUUCUUAUCGUUUCUUUCUUUGUUAUAGUUUUUCCUUUUAUUCUUCAAGUUUCUCAUCAUCUUUCUUUCUUUCUUUCUUUUUCUUAUCUUUCUUUCUCUUUCUUUCUUUCUUUGUUAUAGUUUUUUCCUUUUAUUUCUUUCUUUCUUUCUUUCUUUUUCGUUUCUUUCUUUGUUAUAGUUUUUCCUUUUAUUCUUAUAGUUUCUCACAUCUUUCUUUCUUUCUUUCUUUCUUUCUUAUCUUUCUCACAUCUUUCUUUCUUUCUUUCUUUCUUAUCGUUUCUUUCUUUGUUAUAGUUUUUCCUUUUAUUCUUAUAGUUUCUCCCUUCUUUCUUUCUUUCUUUCUUUCUUUUAUUCUUAUAUUUUCUCAUCUUUCUUUCUUUCUUUUCUUUCUUUCGUUUCUUUCUUGUUAUAGUUUUCUUUUUAUUUUUUUUUCUUUCUUAUCUUUCACAUCUUUCUUUCUUUCUUUCUUUCUUUCUUUCGUUUCUUUUUUUUUUGUUAUAGUUUUUCCUUUUAUUCUUAUAGUUUUUCUUUCUUUCUUUCUUUCUUUCUUUCUUUCUUAUCUUUCUCAUCUUUCUUUCUUUCUUUCUUUCUUUCUUUCUUUCUUAUCUUUCUCACAUAUUUCUUUCUUUUCUUUCUUUCUUUCUUUCUUAUCUUUUCAUCUUUCUUUCUUUCUUUCUUUCUUUCUUUCUUAUCGUUUCUUCUUUUCUUUGUUAUAUUUCUCACAUCUUUCUUUCUUUCUUUCUUUCUUUUUCUUUCUUUUCUUUUCUUUCUUUUUAUAUUUCUCUUUCUUUCUUUCUUUCUUUCUUUCUUUUCUUAUCGUUUCUUUUUUCUUUGUUAUAGUUUUUCCUUUUAUUCUUAUAGUUUCUCACAUCUUUCUUUCUUUUCUUUCUUUCUUUUCUUUCUUAUCUUUCUCUUUCUUUUCUUUCUUUCUUUCUUUCUUUUCUUUUCUUUCUUUUUGUUUUCUUUCUUUUUAUUCUUAUAGUUUUUUUCCUUUUAUUCUUAUAGUUUUUCAUUCUUAUCUUUCUUUCUUUCUUUCUUUUCUUCUUAUCUUUUCUCUUUUCUUUCUUUCUUUCUUUUUUUUUCUUUCUUUCUUUCUUUCUUUCUUUCUUUCUUUUUUUCUUUCUUUCUUUUAUCGUUUCUUUCUUUGUUAUAGUUUUUCCUUUUAUUCUUAUAGUUUCUCAUCAUCUUUCUUUCUUUCUUUCUUUCUUACCUUUUUUUUCUUUUCUUUCUUUCUUUCUUAUCGUUUCUUUCUUUUUAUUUUUUUUUUUUCUUAUUUUCUCACAUCUCUUUCUUUCUUUCUUUCUUUUAUCGUUUCUUUCUUUGUUAUAUUUCUCACAUCUUUCUUUCUUUCUUUCUCUCUUAUCGUUUCUUUCUUUGUUAUAGUUUUUCCUUUUAUUCUUAUAGUUUCUCACAUCUUUCUUUCUUUCUUUCUUUCUUUCUUUUUCUUUCUUUUGUUAUAUUUCUCACAUCUUUCUUUCUUUCUUUUCUUUCUUUCUCAUCGUUUCUUUCUUUUUUAUAGUUUUUCCUUUUAUUCUUAUAGUUUCUCACAUCUUUCUUUCUUUCUUUCUUUCUUAUCUUUCUCAUCUUUCUUUCUUUCUUUCUUUCUCUUUUCUUUCUUUUCUUUCUUAUCGUUUCUUUCUUCUUAUAUUUCUCAUCUUUCUUUUCUUUCUUUCUUUUCUUUCUUUCUUUCGUUUCUUUCUUUGUUAUAUUUCUCACAUCUUUCUUUCUUUCUUUUCUUUCUUAUCGUUUUCUUUCUUUGUUAUAUUUUCCUUUUUCUUUCUUUUUUUCUUAUCGUUUCUUUCUUUGUUAUAGUUUUUCCUUUUUCUUUCUUUCUUUCUUUCUUUCUUUUUUUUCGUUUCUUUCUUUCUUUUUUUAUAGUUUUUCCUUUUAUUCUUUCUUUAGUUUUUCUUUCUUUCUUUCUUUCUUUCUUUCUUUCUUCCUCUUAUUUCUCACAUCUUUCUUUUCUUUCUUUCUUUCUUUUCGUUUCUUUCUUUGUUAUAUUUCUCACAUCUUUCUUUCUUUCUUUCUUUCUUUCUUAUCGUUUCUUUCUUUGUUAUAGUUUUUCCUUUUAUUCUUAUAGUUUCUCACAUCUUUCUUUCUUUCUUUCUUUCUUUCUUAUCUUUCUCAUCUUUCUUCUUUCUUUCUUUCUUUCUUUCUCUUAUCGUUUCUUUCUCUUUUCUUUCUCACAUCUUUCUUUUCUUUCUUUCUUUCUUUCUUUCUUAUCUUUUAUAGUUUCUCAUAUCUUUCUUUCUUUCUUUCUUUCUUUCUUUCUUAUUUUUUUCUUUUUCUUUGUUAUAUUUCUCUUUCUUUCUUUUUCUUUCUUUCUUUCUUAUCGUUUCUUUCUUUGUUAUAUUUCUCUUUCUUUCUUUCUUUCUUUCUUUCUUUUUUCUCUUAUUUCUUACCGUUUUUUCCUUCUUUCGUAUAGUUUUCUUUCAAUCUUUAGUUUCUUUGUUUUUUCUUUCUUUCUUUCUUUCUUUCUUUCUUACCUUUAUAUUUCUCAUCUUUCUUUUCUUUCUUUUUAUUCUUAUCGUUUCUUUCUUUGUUAUAGUUUUUUCCUUUUUUCUUAUUCUUUCUCUUCUUUCUUUCUUUCUUUCUUUUUUUUAUUUUUUUAUUCUUUCCUUGUUAUAUUUUCAUCUUUCUUUCUUUUCUUUCUUUCUUUCUUUUCUCUUAUCUUUUCUCAUCUUUCUUUCUUUCUUUCUUUCUUAUCGUUUCUUUCUUUUGUUAUAGUUUUUUCCUUUUAUUCUUAUAGUUUCUCACAUCUUUCUUUCUUUCUUUCUUUCUUUCUUUCUUAUCUUUCUCAUCUUUCUUUCUUUUCUUUCUUUCUCUUAUCGUUUCUUUCUUCUUUAUAUUUCUCACAUCUUUCUUUCUUUCUUUCUUUCUUUCUUUCUUAUCGUUUCUUUCUUUGUUAUAGUUUUUCCUUUUAUUCUUAUAGUUUCUCACAUCUUUCUUUCUUUCUUUCUUUCUUAUCUUUCUCACAUCUUUCUUUCUUUCUUUCUUUCUUUCUUAUCUUUCUCAUCUUUCUUUCUUUCUUUUCUUUUUCUUAUCUUUUUUCUUUCCUUGUUAUAGUUUUUCCUUUUUAUUCUUAUCUUUCUCUUUCUUUCUUUCUUUCUUUCUUUCUUUCUUUCUUUCUUUCUUGCUUCCUCCCUUUUUCUUUUUUUCGUUUCUUUUUUUUUUCAUUCUUUACAUUUCUUUUUCUUUUUAUUUCUUUUUCUUUCUUUCUUUCUUUUUUUCUCUUAUCGUUUCUUUCUUUGUUAUAUUUUUCCUUUUUUUCUUUCUUUCUUUCUUAUCGUUUCUUUCUUUGUUAUAUUUCUCACAUCUUUCUUUCUUUCUUUCUUUCUUUCUUAUCGUUUCUUUCUUUGUUAUAUUUCUCCUUUCUUUCUUUUUCUUUCUUUUCUUUCUUUUUUUCUUUCUUUAUCGUUUCUUUCUUUUCUUAUAGUUUUUUCUUUUAUAGUCUUAUAGUUUCUCUUUCUUUCUUUCUUUCUUUCUUUCUUUUCUUUCUUUUUCUUAUACCCUUUUUCUUUUCUUUCUUCCUUUCUUUCUUUCUUUCUUUCUUUCUUUCUUUCUUGCUUCCUCCUUUAGUCUCUCCUUUCUUUCUCGUCUUUCUCACAUCUUUCUUUCUUUCUUUCUUUCUUUCUUUCUUUCUUUCCAAAGUACUUUAUCUAAUUACUCUCCACUUACAAUUGAAAAGUUAUUCCUUGUCGAACUCUUUCUCGCUACCCUACCACUCGUCCCUCCAUAAUCUUUUCCCAAGACAGUUGCCCAUCUUUCUUUUUUUCGUUCUAUUUUCAUUACUAACCUCGUUCAUUUUAUCUUUCUAUAUCUAUUCUUCUUCUUCACCUCGAAUUUUUUUUUCUCUUUCUUUUUACUUUUUCAUUCGUUUUUAUUCUUUUCCACGACCUGCUUAUAUUCUUCUUCUUUCUUAUUCUUUUUUUCUUCAUUCUCUUUUUUCUCCUCAUCUUUGCUCUUUUCAUGAUCCUCUCUCUAUUACUCUCCCUCUCCCGGAAUCUGUGACCUUUUCUUUCUUUCUUUUUUUUUUUACCAGUCCCAGACUCUUUCUCUUUUUUUAUUCUCCUUUUUCCUUCAUCGGAUUUUUUAUGCUUUUGUCUCUUUUCCACUUCUUCACUCUGUUUUUUUUUUUUGUCUUUCGUUUCGAUUUCUUUCUCUUUCUUUUUUCAUUCUCUUUUUCAUUUUUUUUCCUUGCACUUUCCAUGGUAUUCUUUCUACUUUUCUUCCUCUCACUCUGGAUAUUGUUUGCUUUCUCUUCAGUAAUCUAUCCUAUUUUUCAUUCUUUUUUUUUAUUUUCCUUCUUUUAUUACUAA